UCUAAGGAUUCGAAAACUAAAAAAGUUAUAAAAAAAAGUAUAAUUAAGAACGUAAAUGAUUUGCCAAGAAGUUUAGAUCAAAAACGAUUUAGAGAAAACAAUGAGCUAUCAGUUUCAUUAGCUAAAAACAAGGCUAAGCGCUUAAGAGAGGAUGGUAUAGUUUCCAACAAUGGUAUAUCCAUGAUUAAGAAUGAACUUUCCUUCGAAAAUAUUUCCAUAUUAGGCAUAAAUUCUAUUAAUUUAAAUAAAGUUGCUGUUAAGACUUCAGAAUCAGAAGAUAUUCCUAAUACUAAUAUAUCUCUUGAUUUGGUGAAGUAAAAUUGAAGACACUGAUACAGAAAUUGAAGAUUGGGAAGAGGUUAUGACCAGUUUUAAACCCAGAAAAUAUGCAAAUGAAUUAGAUAGUUUUGAUGAAAAUUUGAUCAAAAAAUUGUCACAAGAAAAAGGUCAAGUUGAGUCUUAUAUGGAUUUUAUUACAAAAGAAGAUAUUUUAAUACCAAAAGUUGAAAAUGAUAAUGUUAUAAAAGACAUCCCAAAUAUUGAAAUCAUUUUAAAAAUAGUGGAUGGCAAGCAUAAUAAAAAUUGGCAAGAAACUGAAUCUCAGGAAGAGAAAAAAUUACUUUUGCAAAAAAUAAAGGAAAAACUAAGAAUUCAAAAAAAGUUGGCUUUACUUGAAAAGAUCCACAAGGCACAUUUGUUAACUGUGUUAGCCCACGCGCAUUACAUUAAUACGAGGAUAUGUAACGAUACAGCCUUCAGAGGGGCUAUGUUAGCCUUGCUCGCGGACACGAAAAAUACUGAGAAUUCCAUUUAUAAAGAGAAAAUCGUACCUAUCCCCGGAAUAAAACUCGAACCCAAACCUAAAAUAAGGAUGACCACCCGAAAGUCCAAAGAAGUUGAAACGGCUAAAAACAAUCACAAAAAAGCUAUCGAGAAAGAAGAGACGAAACCAACAAUUUACUCCUCAUUUAAGGAUAAGAUAGAUGUACCAUCCUUAAUAAAAUGGAUUCAGAGAACGUUCACUAGACCGUCCUUCGAUAUCUUACAAAAUACGAACGCAAAGUUUCCUUAUAAGGACAUCAGAUCUCUCAUGAUGCUAAGCGUGUAUCGUAAAAUUGACCCGGACUUCCUCAUAUCGUUCAAUCGCCAAAACGCCGAAAAUAUUUUCCGUAAAUCUUCUACCGAAUCGUCCAAUUCUAGGCGGGAGUUUACCGCGGAUCCCUGCGGUUACCUGAACAUAAUAGCGGUCAUCUUAUUGAGGACGUUGGGCAUCCCAGCUCGAUUGAUCAUUAACAUCAAGCCCAGUUCUCUCAAACUGCCUCAAUCCAAUGUAUCCCAAAAAGAUAAAUCGGAAUCAAAAAAAUCUCCACAAAAUAAGCCAAACGCACAACAAUCAUCUCAUCACAAUAUCCAAUAUUGGCUCGAAGUUGAAAUAGAGGAAUCUCGAAAAAAAUCUGCAAAUUCUUCCAAAAAAAUUGCUAAGACCAAUGCCAAUCUGAACAAAUCUCAAGGUGACGAUAUCAUCGACGAUACCAAUAAUUUUAGAUGGCAAGUCAUUAAUUGCGUUCUGGACCUCAAUAAUUCUUCCCCUCAAAAAGAUGUCAAAAUGGGAGGCGGGAGAUCGAAAAUCGCGAAUAUCGCUUCGUUAUCUACCCCACCAUUUUUGGGGAAAAAUCUUUCCGACCCGCACUACCGAGAAACCCAAUCGAAAUAUUUUACCGAUGCCGGUUUUAAAGGAGCCGGAAAUGUUUUUGACACAAAAAAUUUACCAGAAGGAAAACUCAACAGCUUGGGCAUACCCAAACCCAUAUCCUACGUCAUAGGUUUAAACGAGGAAAACAUUAUUCUGGACCUAACCCUCAAAUACAGUCACGAUUGGCACUUCAACGGCCGCAAGUUCAGGAUAAGCUCCAAGAGUCCACACAAACAUUGGUGGGAUAAAACGUUGUCGAAAUUGAAUCACCUCAGUUUUCAGAGAUUAACACUUUCCAAAAAUAAGGAUACAUUUGCCGAAAAAUUAGUCUCACUCGCGAAGGUUUGCGAAAAGCCCCGUAAACGAUUUGCUAAAAAUGAGGGCAAAGGAGGAAAAGAAAAUAUCCAAUCGGUGUCCGAUAAAAUGCCGAUUGUCAUCUCAAAGAAACGGAAAUCUUUGGCCGUUAUUAACAAGGAAGUCGGCCAGGAAAUAUUGAGCAUCGCGAAGGAUAGACCACUGCCCACAUCUAUAAACGCUUUCAAGGAUCAUCCACUCUAUGUUUUAAAGAGGCAUUUGCUGAGGCACCAAGCUAUAUAUCCUCCGGACGCUCCGCCUAUAGCAUUUAUCAGAAAUGAAGCAGUGUACUCGCGCGAAUUGCACCUGAAAACGUUGAAAGCUCGCAUAAAUUGGCUGAAAGAUGACGCAAGACUUAUCAAGAAAGGCGAAGUCGGCUACAAGUUGGUCCUGAAAAGACCCAGUUUUAAAGAAAUCAUGAUGAAGAGGAGGCUGCGGUUAAAAGGGUUAGCCCUCAUCAAGGAAGGCUCCGAACAGAACGAAGAUGAUGGUGAUUCGAAAUCGAAUUCAAUGUUGAUAGAAGUCAAAAAUAAGGAAGAGUUGUUUGGCAUUUGGCAAACCGAGGAAUACAUUCCCCUUCCCCUCGUGGAUGGCCAAAUUCCCAAAAAUAGUUAUGGCAACGUGGAGCUCUUUCAAAUGUCCAUGUUACCCCUGGGGUGCGUAUACCUAUCAGGCUUUCCCGGUCUGAAUAAAGUGGCCCAGACCCUCAAAUUGCAAUGCGUACCUGCUAUGAGGGGUUGGGAAUUCAGCGGAGGUCACGCCUUUCCCAUCAUAGAUGGAUGGGUACUUAUAGACGGUGAUCAGCAAAGAUUAAUGGAUGAAUGGGAUCGAUAUCAGGUGAAAAAAGAAUCGGAACAAAUACAAAAAAAAGAAAAAACGGCUUUGAAUAAUUGGAAAAAAUUUAUCAAAGCUCUGAUAAUAAGGCGCAAUGUUGAAAACAGGUAUGGAAAUAUUAGUGAACCAGUUGAUAGUGAUGAAAUUCAAUCAUAUCCUUUAUCUUCCAGUCAAUUACUACCUAGCACAAUAUUAGAUCUUAAUAGUUAUAAUAAGAAAUUCUUUUAA